GGUCAGACUCGGAUUAGGGAAUUUUAUUUUAUAUUUCCUAACUUAGGUGUAGCCAAAAACCCAGACUAUAGAUAGGCUUUGAGGCCAUUAUUCAUACCACUAGUGUGGUAGCUGGCCUCUUUGCUAUAAAAAUUACUUUUCUGGUUAGGCAUGGAGGAGCUAGCUACUAUCAAAGCUCUGUUGUUGCUUUCUUUCGUUAUUUUUUGUUCCUUGUUGAGUUAGUGAAAGAAGAAGAAGACUUCGGCGAGUAUGGCAGAAACUAUAGCGGGGCCUUUCGUAUCCUUUGUGGUAAAAAGGCUGGGAGAGGUGCUUAUCCAAGAAGCGAAUUUCUUGCGUGGGGUUAGCGUUCAAGUUGAGGAAAUGCAAAUGGAGUUGAAUCGAAUGCAAUGCUUUUUGAAAGAUGCAGCUGCAAAGCAAGAAGGAGACAAGAAAGUCCACAACUGGGUUGCCGAGAUCAGAGAAGCUGCUUAUGAUGCUGACGAUGUAAUUGACAAGUUCAUUAUCAAAGUUGCAUUCAAAAGAGAAACAGGUACAUGUAUCCUCAAUGUCCUCAUGAGGUAUUCUUGUGUCUUCAAGAAUAGUACAUCCAUCCAUAAGGUCGGGGUGGAGAUCAAGUCUAUUAAAACCAAGAUCGCUAGCAUCAGGACAAGUUUAGAGACUUAUGGUGUAAGUGCAAUACGUGAAGGAGAAAGUUCAAGUUCUGAGAAGCAACGACUGUUAAGGCAGUCUUAUCCUCAUAUCGUGGAGGAGGAUAUUGUUGGCUUAGAUGAUGACUUAAAAACAAUAGCGGAACAUCUGGUGAAGGAAGAGAGACAGUGUCGAGUUGUUUCCAUUUGGGGGAUGGGCGGUCUUGGCAAGACCACCCUUGCUAAGAAAGUUUACAAUCAAAGUGAUGUCAGGCGUCAUUUUGAUUCUUUUGCUUGGACUUUUAUAUCUCAACAAUGCAAUACUAGAGAAGUUUUAGAAGAUAUUCUAAUCGGGCUUACCUCUCCGUCCCUCGAUGAGAGGAAAAAAAUCAAAAUAAUGAAUCAUGGUGAGCUAGUUGCAGAACUUUUUCAAUUCCAAAGUCAAAAGAAAUGUUUGGUGGUUAUCGAUGACAUUUGGAAGGCUCAAGAUUGGGAAAUUUUGAGUCCGGCCUUCCCGAAUAAAAAAGAUACAGGUAGCAAAAUACUGCUAACUACUCGCAUAGAAGAAGUGGCUUCGUACGCUGAUCAACAGCAUAAUCUGAGGCAUUUAACUGAAGAUGAGAGUUGGAAACUGUUUGAAGAGAAAGCAUUUCCAGAAUUUGAAUUGAGCACUAAAAUGAUGGAGUUGGGGAAGGAAAUGGUGAAGCAAUGUGGGGGUCUACCGUUGGCCAUUGUGGUAUUAGGAGGACUUCUAGCAAACAAACACCAGAUGGAGGAGUGGGAGACGGUGAGUAGAAACAUCUGUUAUUACUUAAACAAGAAGGGUCAAGGCAGCCAUGGAGGAGUUCCAGUAUCAGACAUUUUAGCUUUAAGUUACCAAGACUUGCCGUACCAUCUCAAGGCAUGCUUUCUGUAUUUGAGCCAUAUUCCUGAAGAUCAUGAUAUACCAGCAAAAAAAUUAGUUCAAAUGUGGAUGGCUGAAGGCAUUGUGUCAUCAUCGGUAAAAGAGACAAUGUUGGAUGUUGGAAUGAGUUAUUUAAUUGAGCUAGCACAGAGAUGUAUGGUUCAAGUCCAAUUAACAAGAUUCAGUAGAAGGAUUAAACUUUGUCGCCUCCACGAUCUCAUGCGGGACUUAUGCUUGUUGAAAGCUCAAGAGGAGAAUUUUCUCCAGGUUGUUCACGUUGAAGCCUUUGAUAAUCACCAGCUCAAGUGGGAAAACUCUGCCUCUUCAUCUUCGUUGUCACCGUUGACUACAACUCGUAGGCUUGCUGUGUACUAUUCGGGUGAUCAUGAAGCGAACAGUGUAAGGCAAGAAUAUAUUAAUCUCCGCGAACUAACUAAUCAUCACCAUUUGCGAUCAUGCCAUUUUUACUUCUUUGGAAACGAUUUGGAAACUUUUGGUUGGAAACAGAUAAAAUCACUUCUCAAGUGCUUCAAGUUGCUAAGAAUUUUAGAUGUCGAAGGAAUGAAAAUCGAAGGAGAGUACGGGAUGUUGCCGAGAGACAUAGGAAACCUGUUUCACUUAAGAUAUUUAAAUAUAAACAAUUCUUGUAUUCGAAGUGUGCCUUCUUCUAUAGGCAACUUGAGAUUCCUCCAAACCCUAGAUCUAAGGACAUAUUCAUAUCUAGAAAUACCCAAUGUCCUGUGGAGGUUGGAACAAUUGAGACAUCUAUAUCUUCCUGGUGGAAUCAAGUUGACUCGUACAAGUAAGUUACGAUUGGAUGGUUUGAACAAAUUGGAGACACUAGAAGCCUUUGAUACAGAGUUUUGUGAUGUCAGAUACUUUCCCAAAUUGACAAAUCUUCGAAAAGUUGAAAUUGGUUGGGUAUCCCCCGAAGACUUGGUGGCGAUCCCUAAAUCUCCAAUCCUCCUCAAUAAUUCAAACAGCCUUCUUCUACCAUCUUCAUCCAUCAAGAUUAAAGGAGAUUUCCGAACAGAAGAAGAACAAAGCCUUUUAAGGCAACUUUUAGGAUGCCACAAUCUUCGCAAAUUUUAUUUAUGGGGAUCCCUGAAUGUGGUUAAUAAAUUGCUAGACCAAUUCCAUCCAAAUCUCACCAACUUAUUGUUGGCGAAUACUAAACUAGAGGAAGACCCAAUGCCAACAUUAGAGAAGUUGCCUAACUUAAGGAGUCUCUCCUUAUAUUACGAUGCCUACAUUGGAAAGGAGAUGGUUUGUUCUUCUGCACCACUAACAACAACGGCGCCAUCCAGCAGCAGUGGUGGAGGACGAGGGGGCUAUGGCGGCUGUGAUGGUGGAGGUCUUCCAAAACUCAUAUCUUUAGACCUCUGGAAUAUUGAAAACUUGGAGGAUUGGAGGGUGGAACAAGGAGCCAUGCCCUGUCUCUUCCGUUUACAAAUUAGAGGAUGCAAAAAAUUGAAGGAGAUUCCGGAUGGAUUGAGGUUCAUUACCACCCUCCAAGAAUUGGUUGUUAGAUACGCAUCUGAAGCACUCAAAGACAGGGUUCGAGAAGGAGGAGAGGACUUCUACAAAGUUAAGCUCGUGCCUUCCAUCAUAUUAGAAUAAGAAUUGACGAUUGAUCUUUCUCGGAUCUUCCUACAUUUACAUCAGGCUUCAUUGGGGUUUUGGGGACUUCAUUGUUAACUCUGCAUAUAAGCCACCUUGAAGACUCUGACACAUCACUCAGUCCCUUAAUCUAUGGUAGUGUUGCUAGAAUGAUUAUGGGCAGGAAUGGAAUGACUAUGCCUUGGCUUCCGUUUGCACCUAUUUUCAUAAAAUUCCUAUUGACAGGUGGUCCAGUCAAUUGAGGACACGUGGCUAAGUCCAGGUUGCAUAGUUGGCAUCAUAAAACAAGGUCAUCAGGGUUUGUGCCUAUGAGUUAACAUUGGAUGAUGGAGUAGUUACUGGCAGUGAUCAUGGACUUAGUGGGCAAUCCUUCAAGAGGAAGCAUGAACAAAGUAGGAGUCUUUCUCUAUUAAAGGAAGGUUAGAAGGGUUUGUAGGCACGUGAUAACUUGAAGAAGGGGCAGUUCGACAGAUAGAAGUGAAGGUCUAAUGUGAUUGGAAGGCCUAGAAGCCAAGAAGUAGUUAUAGCAGUUACACAACAGAAGUUGCAGAUUGAGGAGAUCAUGAGGGCAUGGGAAAGGAGAAGUAUAAAAGCCAGAAAUUUGCAGAGAGAGGAGACAUCAACAACAAUACAACAACUUAGUUUUAGACUUAGAGUAGUUUCAAUUGUAAUUUAGGAGUAGUUUCUUCGAUUGUAAAUUGUACUUUUUUUAGUGAACUUCAGUAAUUUCAAUCUGAAAUUACUUCUGUUUAUUCAAAUCUGCUUGGUUACCAUCAGUUGAUAUAAAAAGUGUGUUCUUUCUUCUUA